UGCGCGCGAAAAUAUUCCUCUCCCCUCCUAAACUUCGUACACAUAUAUCAAUGAACCAAAACACCUGUCUCUCUCGUGAAUCCAUUUGAAACCCUAGCCCUCUCUAAGUCCAAGCACGAAUUUUUCGGGAGUUAAUUUGUGUUUGGCGAGUUUCACCGUCAGAGGAAAAUUGCCCACCAGCAAAAGACACAGAAAAAAACCACAGGGAGGAGAAACCGGCUGAUGAAAACACCCAUUUCGAUCUCUUGAAUCCUUAUGAAACCCUAACCCACUCUAAGUCCAAGCACGAAUUUUUCGGGAGCUAAUUCGUCUUUGGCGAGUUUCACCUUCAGAGGAAAAUUGCCCAGCAACAAAAGACACAUGAGGCUGACCAGAAUUGAGAAUCUUUACGGCGUAAGUGAUCAGAGGAGGCCAAUGGGUGGUCUUUCACAGCAUGGUGGAUUAGUCUAACCGUCGAUCUCUAACAUUGAGCUUCAGAAGAGUAUACAAAUGGAGCACAAAGAUUUAUCGCUUGGGCUCGAGGUAAUGCAAGGAAUCGAGAUACCAUUUUAUGCCCCUAUAAACUUUGUUUAAAUUCACAAUAUCAACAUUACUAUAAGGUGUACGAGCAUAUAGUGAAAAAGGGAAUGGAUUCCAAUUACACUGUAUGGGUCUUUCAUGGAGAGAAGAGGAGUACACCAGUAGUAAAUGAAGGCGAUCAAGACCAUAUGGAAAUACCUGAAACGUAUGAGAUGUUCAGGGAUGCAUAUUUUGGUGGUGAAGACAAUGCUGCUACAGAGCAUAUUGAAGGAAGUCUACAUUGUGUGGUAUUGCUUCAUCGCAAGAAAAGAAGCCCCGUGUGGAAUUUGAUGAAAACGAUCAUCCAAUUGGGAAAAUUGGUAAGAAAUAUAAUUCAGCCCUUCCGAUAAUAGUGCGGGAGCUAGUGCCGGUAACUAUACGAAGAUGGAACACAGUACUAGAGCAAUUCGGAGAUAAAUUAUGGGAGGCCAUUCAGCUGCAGUUUAAUGUUGACGAUAGUGCAUCCCGAUACUCAUUUCAAAAGAUGGGAGCUGCAUGGCGCAUCCAUAAAUCAAUUAUAAUAAGUGAUGUGCUAAAGGUGGGAAAAAACACGCAAUUUACAACUCAUGAAGCCUCCCAAUGUGCCCACAAUGGAGGAGUGGCUAAGUUUUGCUAGGCAGCGUUUAUCAAAAGAGCAUGCUGUGGAAAGACUGAAAAAACAAGAAUUAAAAGCUAAAAACAAAACCCCCCACACUAUGAGCCGAUUGGGAUACGCUGGGUUGACUAAGGAGAUGAAAGAAAAGUCAAACGUGCCCGAUUCCAUUACAAGAGUAGACGUAUGGAUUAAAGCGUAUAAAAGAAAGGAUAAAAGUUAUAUAAAUGAAGCAGCCAAGGAGGCAGCGGAACAAAUGGAAGAAUAUACCAACACCACUCAGAGUACAGGAAUUCAUUAUGAUGCAAUCUCACAUGUAUUGGGUCCUAAACAUCGAGGAAGAGUGAGAGCAUUAGGGUUUGGGAUAACAAAAACAAAAAUAAAUGUCCGGAAUGAUGUUUCUCGAAAAUAUGAUCGGACGAUUGGAGCCUUGGAACAACAAUUGCAGCAACAACACCAAAUACAACAGAAAAUGCAACAGCAAAUAGAAGCACUGAUGUCACAAAUUGCUAACAACCAGUCCUGUCCUAAUGCUCCACCUCAAGUCCCACCUGCUGAAGAUGUUGUCUAUAAGAAGUGUGAGUUAUUGCAUUAUAAUGGGUCAGGAGUAAUUGUCGCUAAGGGUGAAGUUGAUUCGACAGAUCUUGAUGAUCUUAUAGAUGAUGUUCCUCUUGGUUUUGAAUGCUGGAAAGUAUAUAUCACUGGAGUCAUUGAACCCAACGUGCUGAUGUGCCGAAUUCUUCAAUCUUACAAUACUCUUGAACAUGUGACGGGUCCAAUUGCAUGGCCUAGCAGGUUCAUCAAAAUUUCGCCGAAUGUGGGAUAAGCUUGCAUUUAUAAGUUUUUGCUUAAAUGAUGCUUGAGGUACUUAUCCCUAAAAUAAGUUAACUCAGCCAAAUAAGAGCAGAAAUGAAGCAAUUCUGGGAUGAAUCAAAGAAAGGAGCAAAGUAGAGCAAAAGGUGAAAUUUCAGCAACUUCAAUCGAUCUCAAGAAAAGUUCGAUCGAUCCAACUUUCAUCUAUCUCAGCACUUGUGGAUGGAUCUGAGCCAUGUUUGUCCUUACUCAAAGAUUUCAAAGUUCGAUCGAUCUAUCUUCAUUCUCUGAUCGAUCUAACCAUCUUGUCCUUAUCCAAAUGAUUGAUCUUAUCCAGCUGUACCACUCUACCAACUACUUUUGUCCUUUUCCCAAAAAUAUCUUCAAAAUAUCUCAGAUUUGUUUUUAUCCAAAAAGGCACCGCCAUAGAGGAUUGAUCCAGCUUCAAUUCGAUAGAUCUCAUCACAAGUUCGAUCGAUCGAACUUCCCAAAUCCCGAGAAAAUCCAAAUUCCAGCUCAUUAAAAGUUGUCUCAUAUCCAAUCAUUGGAGGAAUAUUUGGUGUACGUGCCCAGCUCAUUUGGGGUGAUGUUUGACCUACCUAUAUAAGGAAUAUGAGCCAUUUUUUGAGAUAUACUUUUUGAUACUUAGAGAGGAGAUUUGGAGAUAAUUCUUAGUGAGGAAGCAAAGGAGAAGAGGAGGAUAGAGACACCAUUGGAGGCUCUUCAUUAACCAAGGAGCAGAUUUCUUCCUGGAGCUUGUCCCUGAGGGUUGGAAGACAUUAUUCAUGAGUGGUUAGACAUUCUCUUGGGGUUAGAGUUAGCCCUAAGCAUGCUUUCUAUAUCUUGAUUUUUGUAUUUUUAAGGGAAUUUGUUUUGUGAUACAUGUUUUGACAUUUUUAUAUAUAUAGAUUUUGUUUAUUCAA